UCCUCCAAAUACACCAAAGAAGUUUUAAAAGAAAAACCUAAACAAACAAAAAUAAAUGGCUGGAGAGGAGUUCUUGAAACUGUUCGAGCACAACUGGUCGGAGAGACUGAUCUUCAAGAAAGACAAAGACCCUUUGAAACUCAACGAAGAAGUUGGAGAGAAAAUGGAAGAUAAAGAAGAUGAAGCUGUGAAGAAUAUUCUUGUGAAGAGGGCUAUGAGUGAUGAGACGAUGAUGAUGAUGACGAGUUCUGUUUCAUCAUCAGAAGGUUUCUUCUCAUCUCCUAGAUCGGUCUUAGCCGUUAAAGCAUCGCAGACGAAGCUCCAGACGAUUCUCUCCGGGAAAGAAGUCAACGAGUUCUCAACUGCGGAAAGAGACAGAGUACUUUCUGAAAAGUCAGAGAAGGAAGAACAGAGGAAGAAGAAGCAGAACGAUGUAAGAAGAAGAACUAGAAAGGGGAAGAGUAUGUCGGAUUUGGAGUUCGAGGAGCUUAAAGGGUUUCUUGAUCUUGGUUUUGUCUUCUCCGAGGAAGACCAAAGAGAUUCAGAGCUGGUCUCGAUUCUUCCUGGAUUGCAAAGGUUAGUGAAGAAAGAUGGUGGAGUAGGGGAUGUAACAGAGGAAGAAGACAUAAGCAACAUAAACAGACCGUAUUUGUCGGAAGCAUGGGAUCAUUGCGGAGGGAGAAAAGGGAAGAGGCAUAUAACGCCGGCGAUAAAGUGGAAAGUUGCAGCUGCGCCGGAGGUGAAAGAAGUUGAGUUGAAAGAUCAUUUGAAACAGUGGGCUCAUGCGGUGGCUUCCACUAUCAGAUGAUGCUAAUAACAAAAAAGCUUGUAUUCUCAAUAUGCUGUACUUUGACCAUUGGGUAUCUGUCAGCUUUUGAUUGGUUACUUACACUGAGAAUAAAGAUGACAAUUUACAAAUUA